UUUUGCUUCUGUUGGAGUCAGUUUGCAGUAGCGUUUCGGGGAAGAAGAAUGAAACGUUUAUUGUUUCCUCGCUGGAAAUGGCGGAAGAGAUCAACACCAUGAACAUUGGGUAUGGCUUGUUUAAGCGGGCUUAGUUCUAUUUUUAAGGCCCGGUUUAGACGCCGAACCUUUCAUGAGCCUAACCUAAUUCGAAUUAAGGCCGAACCAAAUUAUUUAGACGGGCUGAAUUGAUUCAGACGCCAAUCGCGAUCUUAAGUUCAAUAGGCGAAACUGGUAAAACUGCUUACAAAAUACGUUAUAAUAAUUAAUGCAUUAGGUUCGGUACAUGAAAAGUUCGGCGUCAGAAUCAAAGCCGUUCCAAGUCGCUCCAAAGGCGAAAUUCCCGGCCGGGCUAGGCGAAAAGAACGGCUGAGCCGUUCCAAAUUGAAACAGGCGUUGCUAACUGAUUCAGACGCCGAAAUUUUCAUGUACUUAAGGUCUCGGUAAAGGAAAACGAGGUGCCCACAGAAAAAAAUUCUAGUCGCGCGAGUAUUUUCGCUACAAAGGCAAGUUAUAUAUCAAAUUAAAGCUAAAAGACUAAAUUACCUUAUAAAAGAUUUUAUUUUAUCGAAUUUCAAAAGGCGCUUUAGUUUUUUGCUCUCAAACUCAGAGGUAUCGAAGCUCCAGCUCUUUCACGUUGUUAAAUAUUCACUUCCUUUUUAUUGCAUCUGAUCGACAGAUAAAAGACCUAAAAAAGGGUGUGAGGAAAUUUGCGUGUCUCGUAUUAGCGGAAUUAUUGCAUUUCAAACUAAAAAGUUGAAUCUCGAGCGCGAUUUACGCAAAGAAACUGACAUAAAAUGAUCGAGUUACAAAGGAUAUUGGUGUAAUGAAAAUAAAAGUCAUAGCUAAAUGUAUUGUUCUCUCUUCAUAAAUAAAAAUGAAGUAAUACAAGGGGAGGAUGCCAAAGAGAGGAAGAGACAAUGCAGUUAAAAUGAAAAAAAAGCUUCCUUAAAAUAUAAUUAUAUUAAUUUUUUGUUUUACCGUCAGUCUAAAACGUGAGAGACACUUUGCCACCAAAAGUGGGCAAUCAGGCCGAGACGCUUGUUGUCCCCGGCAGAGGUUUGAAUUGUAACCCUACAACCCAAGUGUGUUUAUAGUCUCCUGGAAAAUUUGGAAGGGGUUCUGAGUCAUUGUUCUUGAUACCCUCACUUUAUUUCAAACACAGUUAUUUCCUGCCACAGUGUAUGAUUUGUCUUAAUUAGUUUCAGACCUAAACCAAAAUCCCAUACUUAAUAUCAGUUAGUUCAAUUAUUAUCAUAAUUAUCAGUGCAAGUAUAUUAAAUACUAAUAAUUAUUUUAUCGUACUGAGGAGAUCUGCUGUUUGUUAUAUGAUGCUAAUUUGUAUCUGCAGAUGGAAGGCAACUGUUUAUAAACAGUUUGCUGGCAUGGAUUGGUCGGAUGCUAAAAAGAUGCUUGGCAGUUAUGGUCCAUGGCCCAAAGAUUCUCCUCUAAAACUUGUUAAACAGGAUGUUGCUAGUGAAAUUCCCAACAGUUUUGAUGCUCGUACAAAGUGGCCUGGCUCCAUUCACGCGAUUAGAAAUCAGGUACAACGUAGUAGAGGUAAUAACAACAGUGUUUCUGGAAUGGCUCAAAAUUUCAGAAAAGUGUCAAGUAGUCAGAUUAUUCAUGAUGACAAUGACUUACUUUCAUGAUGACUUUAGUUUGAUUUUGUUGUUCUUCCAUAUACAUUGAAAAAUUACUAAACCAGCAUAAGAUUAACCGGAAACAUCAGGGAAGUAGCCUUUAGGUCAAACAUAAUAUAACUACCAUCAAUGCAAUGGCGCAGUACAAACCAUUUGGUUGUAGAUAAACAAACUUUUAAAGCUCGAUUUUUUUCAUUCUUAGGGUCGUUGUGGAAGUUGUUGGGCCUUUGGAGCCUCAGGUGGGUUAAUGGUCAAUAUUAGUCAAGUUGUUUUACAUUGGUGAAAAAACUAUAGUUAAUUUAUGUCUAAUUUUUUUUCGAUGUUUUGUUUGUUUAAUGCAGAAGCACUUUCAGACAGGUUUGCUAUUGUGAGUAGCAAUCGAAUUAACGUGGUGCUGUCAGCCCAGCAGCUUGUUGACUGUAACACAGUGAAUGAUGGUUGUAAGAGUGGCUGGCCCUUAAAGGCGUGGCAGUACAUGUCCGAAGUUGGGUGAGUGGAUUGGUUCCUGAAAUUUUAAUGUACAGAUUUAUAUAUCUGCCCAAGGAUUGUUUAUAGUAUUUUUGGAGGUUACCAUGACUGGAUCUCAGAGUAAAAGUUCAAUGUUUUAAUGUUUUAAUGUUUAAAGCUCUAGUUAUCUAGGCAAUAAAACUUAAAAAUUUAGUUUAAUCCUCGGCUAGAUCAAACCAUCUGUCAUGGAACCGAGAGGUACCCAUUACGCCUCGUGUAACUCAGUUUGCUUUCCUCUUUUUAUUUGUCCAAAGCCUUCUGACUGUACAGUGCUAUGGUGAAUACACCGCAAAAAAUGGAACCUGUAGGUUUAAUGGAUCAUCUAUCACACGAUGCCCCAGUGGCUACGGAACACCCAGAUUCUACAAAGCAGAAAACGCAUAUACUGUCAACCAAUCCGUAUGUAAAGUCUUUCUUUGGUCACAUGUAUACUUUUUUUUUUAAAUAAGAAGAUAAAAUAAUAUAAAAUAAUGUAAAAUAGGAGUUACAAAGGAACAGUUCUACAAGAUGUUUCUAAGUCUUGCUGUUCAAUUUUGUUCAUUUGCAACUACCCAAUUUUUUAUUUGUAAUACAAGUUCAUUCGACUGCAAAACGUUUAGCUCGUUACUUUGUGAAAUACAUUUAUGGGCGAUGUACUAAAAGGCUUUUAAUUGUAUUGAACAGAAAAAAACAAAACAGGAUCAAUGUUUUUCUUGUAACUUACAUUGCAGUACCCGCUACUAUUAUGUAGGUCUGCUUUUUUGUUUGUUUGUUUGUCUGCCUUGACUGUCAUCAUCAAACAUUCUUUUGGUUCCGAUCUGUCUGGUUUGCCACAGUAAGUUUGCAAUGAAUCCAACCAGCUGCUCUCUUCAGCACAACUCUCUUCUUUUACUUAGGUUGAAGCAAUUCAGACGGAAAUUAUGACCAACGGACCGGUUGAAGGUACUACACCUUAAUGCUAAUAAAUGCAGAGAAGGUUAUCUCAGUCAAAGAAAGCCUGAAAAGUUCAGGCUUGCCGGGAUUCGAACAUUAGGGACUUUCAGCAAAGAUUACUGAAGGUUCUAGUACGGUGACCCGAAAUAAUUUUUUUUCGCCACCUGUCAAUGCCUCAACGGCUAUAGCGGUGAAAACGUCGCUUAAAAGUGUAUUCGCGUUCUUUUAUUCUUUAUCGUGAUUAUUUUCACUCGCUUUCUGAGGUUGAAGCCGUGCUGUGACCCCCCAACGGCAAGGAAAUGUUAAAGAAAACAGUCAUAAUAAAGGGCGAUAUCCCUUAUGAAAUCCUCUUUCCCGUCAACUGCAUUUUGCGUAUUUGGCUGUAUUUUUCACUGGGGUGUCGUGCUUGACACCGGAAUUUGCGGCUCAUGAUCGAAAAAUGAACCUUCAGAAAUUUCCAAGGAUGAUCAAAAAGGAUAAAAUGCGCAUAUCUUGCGAGUCUAUUUCAAAGAUACACUGGCGUUCUAAGCACCUAAAAUGCAACUAAGUACUUAACAUACAAGACACUAUGGCCCGCCAUGAUCUUCUACGUAUUCGGGAAGCGUAGUACGGCCAGUCAAUAAGUUUAAUUAGUAAAUCAACGACAUGCAUUUGCAUCUUAUUGUUUUAUCAACAUUUCUUUGCCAUCACUGCACGUUCACGGCGUGCAAAUGCCUAACUUCACGUUUUAUUGAGGACGUAAAUAAACGAAGACGAACUUUUUUCCCGUAUGAGUUUGCCUAAAUUGACAAAAUAAGCGACUUGUAAUAAUCGCGAAAAAGAAUGAAACAAUGCGAAUUUACUUUUUAUUGAAAAGCGACGUUUUGACCGCUAUAGCCGCCGUGGUACCUUGAACUUGAGACAUUGACGUGUGGCGGGAAAAAUACUUCCGGUCACCCUGCUAGACCCUUCCGUAGUCGUUGCUUAAAGUCCCUAUUAACUUCUGCGCCGGAUACCCAUGCAGCGCUGCUCAUUUUUCUUUUUUCGGUGUAGGGAUGAGGUGUAGCUUGGAUAGCUGCCCCCCAAAAAAACUGAUAGCACCUGUCUCCUACCAGCCUCUUCCUUCGGAGUGGAAAACUUCCGUUGGGCCAUAUGCGGCCUACGGUCACUGUGGCGUUAUCUUCUGGUGUGUAACCUGUUUCCUCUGCAAAUGAGAAAGGUGCUUUCCCUUGAACGGAGUACCCUUGUGGGAUUUCAGAGUUCCUGUUAGACGUUCAGUACAAAAAGUUCUUUCCAUAGCAGAGAGGAGUUCUUUUUCAAGUGAGCUGUCGAUGAUUUCUACUUCCGGUUACUUUGAGUAGUCCACGACGAUAAACAAGUACUGUUCCGCCGUUGGGAAAUGGGCCGCAUAAAUCAGCUGAGCCUUAUUUACUCAAGAUCCUUUAGGUCUGGGAGACACUUUUAAAGGUUCGCGCUAAGUAUUAUUGACGCUACCUUGGCCGGGUAUACAGGAAGUGAUUCGCCUCUCAACACUUUCGUCGCUUCCUAGGAACCAUACCUUUGAGUAAAGCAGCUUUUUAGUUUAACAAUUCUCAAACCUUCUAAGUCUGAUUAUGGAACCCUAUCUUUUUUUCAGCUGAUUUCAAGUUGUACCAGGACUUCUAUUCGUAUUGCAGCGGUGUUUAUUUUCAUACCAGAGGGCAGCAAGUUGGAGGACAUGCCAUCAAAAUGCUCGGGUUCGUUGGUUCACUUAUUGCUAGAUUAUUGAUAUGAUUAAUCUCUAUCUUUAUGUUAAGAGGAUUCUAUUUUUCUUUAUCACAGUUCAACCACUAGAAUAAGAUGCUGGAUGCGGGCAAACUACCAUUUCAAGAAGAAAUUCUAUUUUUGUGUGUGUGUGUGUGUGUGUAAAAUUCUACCCAC